AUUCCUGGAGGCCCUGUAGAUGCAAACAUUAACGAUGAAGGUGUUCAGAAGGCGUUACGGUUCGCAGUAGCCAAGUACAACAGACAAAGCAACGAUGCGUUUGUGCGUAAGGUUUCCAAAGUCAUCAAGGUCCAACAACAAGUUGUCGCUGGCAUGAACUACAUCUUCACUGUGAAGUUGGGCAGAACCAACUGCAAAAAGGGUGGAGUUGAGACCCUGUGUGCCAUUCAUAAGGAUCCCAAAGUUGCACGGGUCAUUCAGUGCAAAAUAACGGUCUGGAGCCAGCCAUGGUUAAACUUCCUUAAAGUCACUGAAAAAACCUGCAUGUAGAGCUUGUGACGAGUGCAGUUUGGGGCUUUAACAUUCAAGCGGCAAUAAAAUUUACUUGCUGUUGGUAAUGGUAAA